CACAAACCUCGCUUCAAAGGCGGUAAUUGGCUCAUUUGUGACAAAACAUCGCCUUUUUUGGGUGUUUUAUCUCUUGAACAAGGGGUCAAAGUCGCUAAAGUAUCGAUUUCCCCUCAGUUUUUCUCAGUUUCAUCGCUGUAAGUUAAGUUUAACAGCCGCCGGACAACGUAAAGCUGGGGAAGUAGAGCUGGAAUAAAAAGCGGACCUUUUCAACAGAAACACCUGCCAACGAGCCCUCACACAGGGGCGCAGGAAGCCCAGCAGCCUUUGGCGUGGAGAGUGGGGAAGUGAGCAGAGGAGGUCGAGGCAGCAGCCCAGCCAUGGGGAAGCAGAACAGCAAGCUGCGGCCGGAGGUCCUGAACGACCUGCGGGAGAACACGGAGUUCUCCGACCACGAGCUGCAGGAGUGGUACCGCGGCUUCCUGAAGGACUGCCCCAGCGGCCACCUGACCGUGGAGGAGUUCAAGAAGAUCUACGCCAACUUCUUCCCCUACGGCGACGCCUCCAAGUUCGCCGAGCAUGUCUUCCGCACGUUCGACACGAACGGCGACGCCACCAUCGACUUCAGGGAGUUCAUCAUAGCGCUGAGCGUGACGUCGCGCGGCGGGCUGGAGCAGAAGCUGCGCUGGGCCUUCAGCAUGUACGACCUGGACGGGAACGGUUACAUCAGCCGGGCCGAGAUGCUGGAGAUCGUUCAGGCCAUUUACAAGAUGGUGUCGUCAGUAAUGAAGAUGCCAGAGGACGAAUCGACGCCAGAGAAAAGGACAGAUAAGAUCUUCAGACAGAUGGACAUUGACAAUGAUGGUAGAUUGUCUUUGGAGGAGUUCAUUAAAGGUGCCAAGAGCGACCCGUCCAUCGUCAGACUGCUGCAGUCAGACCAGGAAGCCCCUCGUCAGUUUUGAAAGAAAAAAAAAAAAAACUACGGAAACACACACUUCAUCGUGAGCACACCAACAUAAAUCCAGCUUCGUCCUCCAACACUCCUGUUUACAUCGAUGUAAAUCAAGCUUCUUCUGCCUGGACUGAGCUGUAAAUUUGUAUUUUUUUUUAAUUGUGCCUUCCCAUACCUUUUGUACUUCAGCUGUUUCCUGUGAGGUGCCAUAUUUGUUUAUACUGGUUGGAUUAAAUAAGUAUUAAAGUUGUGUUACAGUAAGAGGAACUUAAACUAAAAACAAUUUAUUAAUUGUGGCUAAUUGUUCAGGAGCUUACGUCCUUUUUGAAUAAGCUCCACAUUUCUUUGAAGUUGCAUGUGCUCACUGCUCAGUUAGAUGCGUUUUAUUAGAUUUCGUGAGAUUGUGUGAAUAAGGAGGCCGUGAUUGUUUGUAUUGUUUUUAUUUUUUGUAACAAAAAAAAAACGCAUUUUGUUUUCACACAAUUGAAAUAAAGUCGUGUAAGAAAAAUCUACACAACACGUCCCAAAGAGUCCCCUUUGUCCUGACCAGACGAGAUGCAAAUCCAAAUGUUUUAUUUACUGUUUUUCUUUAAAAAAAAAAAAAAAAAAAA